AUGCCGAAUGUGCGAUUUACACAGCGCUCGGUCCGCAAAGCACUCUUCUCCCUGGACGUCAGCAAGUCGAGUGGGCCCGAUGGAGUCCCUCCCAUUGUGCUGAAGACGUGUGCUCCGGAGUUGGCACCGGUUUUAACGCGUCUUCUCCGGUACUCCUACUCCCAAGGCGUAGUCCCGAAUUCAUGGAAGACAGCUUUGGUCCACCCGAUCCCUAAAAAAGGCGACCGCUCAGACCCGUCCAACUACAGGCCUAUCGCUAUCACCUCCUUGUUCUCCAAAAUAAUGGAAUCCAUUAUAAACUGCCAGCUCAUGAGGUACCUUGAAGAUCACCAGCUGAUCAGUGACCGUCAGUACGGUUUUCGUCGGGGUCGAUCAGCGGGUGAUCUUCUAGUUUACUUAACUCAUAGAUGGGCGAAGGCAGUAGAGUCCAAGGGGGAGGCAUUGGCCGUUAGUUUGGACAUAGCGAAGGCCUUCGAUCGGGUCUGGCACAAGGCGCUUCUUUCGAAGCUUCCUUCCUAUGGGCUUCCCGAGAAAUUGUGCAAAUGGAUCACCAGUUUCCUUGCUGAUCGGAGCAUCAAGGUCGUAGUAGACGGUGCAUGCUCUGAUUACAAGCCUAUCAACGCUGGUGUUCCACAAGGCUGCGUGCUAUCACCAACGCUGUUUCUCCUGCAUAUCAAUGAUAUGUUGCUAACUGGUAGCAUUCAUUGCUAUGCAGACGACAGCACUGGUGAUGCCUUAUAUACCGGCCGUGCCAAUAUUUCUCGGGAAAACGUCGCCGAGUACCGGAACAAACUUGUGUCUGAAGUCGAGUCUUUGCUUAACAAAGUCUCGGAUUGGGGCCGACUAAAUCUAGUCCAGUUCAAUCCCCAGAAGACACAAGUUUGCGCGAUUACCGCUAAAAAGAACCCCUUUGUCGUAUCUCCUCAGUUUCAAGGCACUCCCCUUGCUGCCUCAGCCAGUAUCGGAAUCCUUGGCGUCGACAUAUCGAAUAGCGUGCAGUUUCGUGGUCACUUGGAAGGGAAGGCCAAAUUGGCCUCUAAAAAGCUUGGCGUGCUCAGCAGAGCGAGACAGUAUUUCAUGCCGGCACAUCGCUUGCAACUUUACAAAGCGCAAUUUCGGCCCCACAUGGAAUACUGUUCUCAUCUCUGGGCCGGGGCACCCCAGUGCCAGCUUCUUCCACUUGACCGCAUCCAGCGCAGAGCGAUUCGAAUCGUCGACGACCGAGUUCUUUCCGAUCAGCUCGAUACACUGGCACUGCGUAGAGAUGUUGCAUCUCUUUGCGUGUUUUAUCGCAUCUAUCACGGGGAGUGCUCUGAGGAAUUGUUCGGACUAAUUCCAGCCGCUCAAUUUCACCAUCGCACGUCACGACAAAACUCGCGUUACCAUCCGUACCAUCUGGAUGAUUGGCGGUCCACCACUGUGCGAUUUAGAAGAAGUUUUCUCCCUCGCACAACUUCUUUGUGGAAUCAAUUACCACCAGCGAAUUUUCCGAACUGA